CCUGUAAGCUGAAGUCAAUACGCAGGAGGCCCCAUCCAUUCCUUCUAAUGCCGAACGCCGGUGGUUACGUGUGGAUCGUUUUGGAAGCCGAGAGGAGCCGCCUCAAGGAAAAAGGCAGCGCAUUCUACAUACUCAGGGGACACCUUGGGAACACAGAAGCGCUCCGGGUUGCUGUCUGCGUCGUCGCCUGCCUAUCAAAAUCGCAACUGUAUGGACCAAUUUACAAGCAAAUGAAUCCCUGAUUUCCCAGCCAGCCAGCCAACGCCUAAGAAGGGACACCGUGAAUCGUGCGGGGAUGCCAGAGGUUCUCUGAACGGCUCUUAACCCGAAGACCCUUGCGGGAUUUGGAGAUCUCGGCCGCCUUGACGCGUCCUCGUCCUCUCGGCCAUGUCGGGGAUCCUGGGCAAGAUGAGGAAACUCGGCAGCUCGGAUCUGGAGGAGUCGGAAAGCGUGGACGACCACACGGACAGCGAGGAGUCCACCACGGGCACCCCCAACAACGCCACGAAGGCAGCCAAGCACAGCAUCUUCGCGAAGCGGGCGCGCUUCGGGAUCGGCGACGGCGACAAGGACAUGGCGCCCAUGGACUCCUUCUACCAGAUGGACCACCUGGUCUCCAGCCCUAUCAUUAAGUUUAGCCUCAGCUUGGAACGGGGGAAGUGUGACAGCCACUGUGCCAAGUUUCUGUCUACAGCUUCUAUUGGUGUGCGCGCCGAGAAGGCGUUCAAGAUCUACGACCGAAGGAGGCUCUUCGACGCUGUGGCCCAGGGUGAUCCCAGCGAACUGGAUGACCUCCUGAUCUAUCUCCUGGAGUCUCUGAAAAAUCUGACCGAUGACGAGUUCAAAGAGCCAGACACGGGGAAGACGUGCCUGCUGAAAGCCAUGCUGAACCUCCACAACGGACGGAAUGACACCAUUCCCCUCCUGCUGGAGAUCGCGGAGAAGACGGACAACCUGAAGGACUUUGUGAACGCCGAGUACACGGACAGCUACUACAAGGGUCAAACGGCGCUUCACAUCGCCAUAGAGAGACGGAACAUGCAGUUGGUGAAGCUCCUGAUCCAGAACGGAGCUGAUGUCCACGCCAGAGCCCACGGGGAGUUCUUCCAGAAGAUCAAAGGGCGGCCUGGAUUUUAUUUCGGUGAGCUCCCGCUCUCGUUGGCCGCCUGCACCAACCAGCUCAACAUCGUGAAGUAUCUCUUGGAGAAUGCUUUCCACCCGGCCAACAUCGCCGCUCAGGACUCCAUGGGCAACACCGUCCUCCACGCCCUGGUGGAGGUGGCUGACAACACGGAAGACAACACCAAAUUCGUCACCAAGAUGUACAACGACAUCCUGAUCCUGGGGGCCAGGAUCCAGCCCACUCUCAAGCAGGAAGACAUCACCAACCGGCGAGGGCUGACGCCGCUCACCCUUGCGGCCAAGACCGGGAAGAUACAGGUCUUCGCCUAUAUCCUCCGGCGGGAGAUGAAAGAGCCGGGGUGUCGCCACCUCUCCCGGAAGUUCACCGAGUGGGCGUACGGACCCGUGCAUUCGUCCCUCUACGACCUUUCCAGCAUCGACACCUGUGAGAAGAACUCAGUCCUGGAGAUCAUCGCUUACAGCAGCGACACGCCGAACCGCCACGAGAUGCUGCUGGUGGAACCUCUCAACCAGCUCCUACAGGACAAGUGGGACCGUUUUGUCAAGCACCUCUUCUACUUCAACUUCUUGGUGUACGCCGCUCACAUCCUCACCCUCACCGUAGCCGCCUACUACCGGCCGACGAAGAAGCACGGGAAGCCUCCCUUUGCGUUUCAUCACACGACCCACGAGUAUUUCCGCGUCACCGGGGAGAUGCUGAGUGUCCUGGGAGGGGCCUAUUUCUUCUUCAGAGGGAUCAAGUAUUUCCAGCAGAGGCGCCCCUCCCUGAAGACCGUCUUUACGGACAGCUACAGUGAGCUGCUUUUCUUCAUCCAUUCCGUCCUUCUCCUGAGCUCGGCGGUGCUGUACUUCAGCAGACAAGAACUUUACGUGGUCUUCAUGGUUUUCGCCUUGGCGAUGGGUUGGACCAACCUGCUCUAUUACACCCGCGGCUUCCAGCAGAUGGGCAUCUACUCCGUCAUGCUAGAGAAGAUGAUGCUGCGGGACCUCGGCCGCUUCAUCGUCGUCUACCUGCUCUUCCAUUUCGGCUUUUCGACAGCCGUGGUGACGCUCAUCGAGGAGGAGGACGGCGAGGGGCCCCACCUGAACCAGACCAGCAGCCUCUGCCCGUGCCAGGCCCGGCGCCGUCCGUCCUACAACAACCUCUACUCCACCUGCCUGGAGCUCUUCAAGUUCACCAUCGGCAUGGGCGACCUGGAGUUCACGGAGACCUACCGCUUCAAGUCGGUCUUCGUCAUCCUGCUGGUGGUCUACGUCAUCCUCACCUACAUCCUGCUGCUCAACAUGCUCAUCGCCCUGAUGGGGGAGACCGUCAACAAGAUCGCCCAGGAGAGCAAAAGCAUCUGGAAGCUGCAGCGCGCCAUCACCAUCUUGAACAUCGAGAACAGCUACUGGAACUGCAUCAUCAACCCCUUCCGAUCCGGGAAGCAGGUUUUGGUGGGGAUGACCCCGGACGGCAAGGACGAUUACCGCUGGUGCUUCAGGGUGGAUGAGGUGAACUGGUCUACAUGGAACACCAACUUGGGCAUCAUCAACGAAGAUCCCGGCGGAUACAGCGAGGAGCUGAAGCGGAACCUGAGUUUUUCUUUCAAGCCUGGCAGAAGUUCAGGGAAAAACUGGAAGACCCUGGUCCCGAUUCUGCGAGACGGAAAGCGAGAGGGUUCGCUCAAGCCCAUUUCGGAAGACGCCACGGAUUCAGAAGAGCCGGAAGUCCGGAAGAAAUCUCUCCCCAACCCCGUCUUAUGAUUUUUGGAUGCGUGAACCGACGGAAAGUGCUGUGCAGGUUCCAGAGUCCUCAACGCUUCUGUGUGUCAUGGUAAAAUAUGUGCGGGAGUUAAACAAGCGGUCCGUUAUUUAAGGAAUCAGACAUCUUCAAAGUGUUUGAGUUGUAUCUCUCUUGACGCUUAAGGCAUUUUGUUUAUUGGAUUUGUUUUAUAUCCUGCUUUUUAGUCCACGGAUCUGGCUUAAAGGCUUCAUAAAGCUGUCAAAAGGCAUAAAUGACCUAAACACUCAGUAUUAAAAA